AUGUCUUCUUUACCUACAAUAACACCGACACCACCACUUUCUGUUCCUGUCACAAAUUCCUUUUCACUAACGAUUGCUGAUAUUAAUUCUUAUCGUAAAAAUGGUUAUCAUAUUAUACCUAAUCUUCUUUCUCCUUCUCAACUUGAACAAUGGCGAACAAUCGCAUUUAGUGCAGUAAACGAUCGAGCCGAGAGAAAUGGAAAACUUAUUGGAAAAAUUGCUGCUGAAUUAGAAGGUAUUGAUCUUAUUAGAAUUUGGCAUGAUCAAGCCUUAAUUAAAGAAUCAUUUGCAAAUCCUACCGCCUGGCAUCUUGAUGUUCCAUAUUGGUCGUUCACUUCUUUACACGCCAUAAGUGUUUGGAUAGCAUUAGAUGAUGCAACAUUGGAAAAUGGUUGCUUGUAUUUUAUGCCUGGAUCACAUAAAGUUACAGAACGUCGUUAUUAUGCAGCGAAUAAUGCUUUUAUGGAAAUAAAGGUUGGUAAAAACCUUUCUGAUGUAUUUAUUACUUAUCCUGAGCUAAAACAAUGGCAAACAGUAGCUGUGCCUAUGAAAGCAGGCAAUGCUUCGUUUCAUAGCGAUCAUUUAAUUCAUAGUGCCGGUGCUAACAUGACUCCAGGAAGACGAGCUGCAAUGACUAUUCAAAUGAUGCCGGAUAAUAUGACUUUUAAUGGCACACAAAAUAGUUUAACGAAAAAACAAAUGGACGAAUUACAAAUAGGUGUAUCUGUUUUUAAUGAUGAUAAUCUUAAUCCAAUAUUGUACAAAAAAAAUUAA